AUGUCUUUCCUCACCACCGUCCGCACGACCCUUGCCCCUCGUCUGGCCACCCCCCUCCGCCCCGCCAUGACCUCCGCUCUGCACACCUCCGCUCCCCGCGCCGGCCUCAACGAGAGCGAUCGCAACCGCGACGACCUCGACAAGAUCUACGAAGAGCACAAGAACGACCAGCUCAAGCACAGCAAGCAAGGCACCGCCAAGUGGAAGCAGGAGCUGGCUAGCAACAGUGAAGCUUCGGUCAAGGCUGAUCGGGGUGACAUCGACAGCGAUGACAAGGACUUUGCGACGCUGCAGGAGCGCACGAAAGGUCUGCCCAACCGGGAGGGCAACGUGAAUAAGACUCAAUAG